GGUUGUGAGAGACAGGUGUACACAGCUCUGCUCUGCUGUGUAAGUUUUAGUUGUGUAAUGCUACUUACAGGUUUCCUGCAUGUCCUAGUACUAAACCCCUCUCCCACCACCACUUAUUUUAAGCAUUUGCUUCAACAGAACUGCAUUAUGGCUGACGCUGGUGAGACUGUGACCCCUGAUAAAAGCGGGCGGACAAAGUCAUGCAAGGCAUGGGAGCACUUCACUCAACAUCCGUACAACAAGUUGGUUGUCUGCAAAAUUUGCAAAGCAGCGCUGGCGUGGCACGGAAGCACAACCGUGAUGAACGAGCACCUGAGAAGGAAACACGUUGGCGUCACAGAGGAAGGGAUAACCCCUAAGAAGCAGCGCUCCAUGAGUGAAUUUGUGCAUGUAAAUCCCCAAUGUACACCAGCACAAGCUUCUGUUCUCACAGGUGCUGUAUUAAAAAUGUUAGUCACUGACAUGCGACCACUGUCCAUGGUUGAAGAGAAAGGAUUCCAGAGCAUGGUCAGUGCACUAAAUCCUUCAUACAAGCUCCCAUCAAGAACCCAUUUCACCACACUAAUGGAGAGGAAGUACAGGGAGACCUUUCAGCAUGUGACAGAUACCAUUCACCAUAAUGAGAGCAGAAUAGCGUUGACUGCAGACAUAUGGACCAGGGUAGCAACUGAGGCUUACCUUGGAAUAACAUGCCACUACAUAGGGGAUGAUUGGAAGAUGAAUUCCAUCUGUCUGACAACCAAGCCCCUGGAGGAGAGACACACAGCUGCACACAUUGCAGGUUGGUUAGAGGAGGUUUUGGAGAGAUUUCAAAUUCCACCUAAAAAAAUUAUUGCCCUUGUCCAUGACAAUGCUGCAAACAUGGUGGCUGCUGAGAACAUCCUGGAGGAGAAGCAUGGAUGGUCCAGUAUCCGGUGCACUGGACACACUUUGCAGCUUUUUAUUAAUGGUGCAAUGAAAAAUGCAGGUAUUGAUAGAGCUGUCAGUGCUGCCAGAGGACUGGUUGAACACUUUAAAAAAAGUGAAUUAGCCAGCACCAAGUUGAAAGAGAAGCAGAAGCAGAUGGGUACAGCAGAACAUAAGCUUGUGCAAGAUGUCAGCACCAGAUGGAACAGCACUUACUAUAUGGCUGACAGACUCCUUGAGCAAAGGUGGCCAGUUACUGCAACCCUGUAA